ACAGUCGCCGUUCGAGACUGACGUUCACCUCGACUCCGCUUUCACCUGACUAAUCUUGCGAUCUCACUGCUGUAUUACUAUCACCGUUUUUGUCGUCGUUGUCAUUGUCAUCGUACACAAUAUAUUUCUUUAUCUGCAAGAUAACUUCCGCGAUUUACGGUUUUAUGUUAUUCUGUGAAAAUCGAAGAUACGAUUGUGUGAGGAAAAAGAAGGUGCGUGCAAAAACAUUAACGUCAUCUUGAAGUGGAGAUUCAGGAAGCGCGGACGCGAGUCUUCGAUUUCUCCGUCGCGUGUCAUUCGUUGACUAUGGUCGUCCGCAUCGCGAAAAUAUCAAGGAUAAGAAUUUAACGAGAAUCAAAUUAUCUGCGUCAGAAUGGCGAAAAAUAAUCAUCAAAAUGGUGUAAUACCUGGUGGAUCUGGUCCGGACGAUUUUUCAGACGGUGAAAGCAUUCCUUUGACUCAGGAUUAUGUCGGAAGCCAACGUACGAUCGUCGAAACAAAGGGAUGGGACGUGUUUCGGAAUCCACCACCAAAAAUCGAUUCGGGCUCCAUGGCAAACCAGAAAUGUUUGGAAAGGAUGGUGCAAGUAACCAAGGUUGUGGUCUACUUGCUCGUCUUUGUUAUAGUUCUAGGAAGCGGCGUAGUUGCCAAAGGGACGAUUCUCUUUAUGACAUCGCAGCUUCGUCAGGGUAGAAAAAUGCUGUUUUGCAACAAGGAUCUAGAUCGAGAAAAUCUCUAUGUAGUGACACUGCCCGAAGAAGAGAGAAUCGCGUGGCUGUGGUGUAUUAUAAUUGCGUACGCGGUACCAGAAUUUGGCACUUUGGUACGCAGCAUCCGCAUGUGCAUCUUCAAGUCUUGGAAAAAGCCACAAUUGGCUCACUUUCUUGUAGUUUUUAUCAUGGAGACGUUUCACGUAGUAGGCCUGGCACUGAUGUUUCUAGUGGUGCUACCAGACUUGGACGUCGUCAAAGGCGCGAUGUUAACCAACUGCGUAUGCUUCGUUCCCGGAUUAUUAGGCCUACUUUCUCGUACAAAAAAUAAAGGAGAAUCCCGAAGGUUUAUCCUCGUUCUCAUCGACAUCUUCGCCCUAGCUGCUCAAGCAACUAGCUUUGUUCUCUGGCCUCUGUUGGACAAUUCAAGGCAUUCCUUAUGGCUAAUUCCUGUCGCGUUAAUUCUCGUAUCCUGUGGCUGGUGGGAAAAUUACGUUUCCACGCAAAGCCGAAUCAAUUUAAUCAGAUCACUCGGCAGAAUAAAAAAGGAAAUGCGGCUGACGCGAUACUUCACUUACAUGCUGAUAUCGAUCUGGAAGAUCGCAUUAUUUUUCAUCAGUACGCUACUAAUAUUGUAUGUCAAAGAUGAGAACGUUGGGCAUUUCUUUAUUAUGAUAAGCAGCGCCUUCGGGGAUCACAAAAUCACCGUUACGUCCAUCAAGUCAUCGGCUUUUGGCGGCACUUUACCCGAUCUUUCGGAUAUCAUUAUGGGCGACAUCAUCGAGACCGUGAACGCCGAUGCCGCCACGCCCGUUUACGUUCUUCUGCUACAGAUCUUCGGCGCAUACUUUGCAUAUGUUUUCGGUAAGUUCGCGUGCAAGAUUUUGAUACAAGGCUUCAGCUACGCGUUUCCGGUGAAUCUCACGAUACCGGUGUUGAUCUCACUGCUGAUUGCUGCCUGCGGUCUCCGUAACAAUGAUCCGUGCUUCUUCCACGGCACCAUUCCUCCUUAUUUGUUUUACGAAUCGCCGUUACCAAAUUUUCUCAACGACUUUAUAUCGAAGCAGUACGCUUGGGUAUGGCUAUUGUGGCUGUUAUCGCAGACCUGGAUUACCUUGCACAUCUGGACACCCAAAUGUGAGCGUCUCGCGGCCACGGAGAAACUUUUUGUGGUACCAAUGUACGAUUCACUACUGAUUGACCAGUCGAUGGGACUGAACAGAAGGAGAGACGAUCAACCGGAAGUAAAAGUUGAAGAUCUAGCGGAAAUAGAAAAAGAGAAAGGUGACGGCGAUUACGAGACAAUCUACGAACACACUGAUGGCUCAACUACACCUCCGUCUGCAGUGAAGAGCAGCGACCACGUAACCAGGAUCUACGCUUGUGCUACUAUGUGGCACGAGAACAAGGAAGAGAUGAUGGAGUUUUUGAAGAGUAUUUUACGCUUGGAUGAGGACCAGUGCGCACGACGUGUCGCUCAGAAGUACCUCAAGGUCGUCGAUCCCGAUUAUUACGAAUUCGAAACUCACAUAUUCUUCGACGACGCGUUCGAAUUGUCCGACCAUGACGAGAACGAAUCGCAGGUAAACAGGUUUGUGAAACUAUUGGUCGGUACAUUAGACGAGGCCGCGUCAGACGUACAUCAAACGAGAAUGCACGUCAGAGCGCCGAAGAAGCUGCCGACGCCGUACGGUGGACGAUUGGUUUGGACUCUGCCUGGAAAAACAAAGAUGAUCGCGCAUUUAAAAGAUAAAAGCAAGAUUCGACACAGAAAGCGAUGGAGUCAGGUAAUGUACAUGUAUUACUUGCUUGGACAUCGGCUAAUGGAAUUACCAAUCAGCGUCGACCGUAAAGAAGUUAUCGCCGAGAAUACAUACCUGUUAACGCUCGAUGGUGAUAUUGAUUUCCAACCGGCAGCAGUAAAGCUUCUCGUGGAUUUAAUGAAAAAAAAUAAGAAUCUGGGUGCUGCUUGCGGUCGUAUUCAUCCAGUUGGUUCUGGACCAAUGGUGUGGUAUCAACAAUUUGAGUAUGCAAUCGGUCAUUGGCUGCAAAAAGCUACCGAGCAUAUGAUCGGCUGCGUACUUUGCAGUCCCGGAUGCUUCUCUCUUUUCCGAGGCAAAGCUUUGAUGGACGACAACGUGAUGAAAAAGUACACGACAAAAUCGGACGAAGCGAGACACUACGUGCAAUACGAUCAGGGCGAGGAUCGUUGGUUAUGCACAUUGUUGCUACAACGAGGAUACAGAGUGGAAUAUUCAGCUGCAAGCGACGCGUACACACAUGCACCAGAAGGAUUCAACGAGUUCUACAAUCAACGACGUCGCUGGGUGCCUUCUACCAUCGCGAACAUUAUGGAUCUGUUAAUGGAUGCAAAACGCACAAUUAAGAUUAACGACAAUAUCUCACUACCUUACAUUUCGUAUCAGAUCCUGCUUAUGGGUGGUACGAUUCUGGGACCUGGCACAAUUUUUCUUAUGUUGGUAGGUGCCUUUGUGGCAGCUUUCAAGAUCGAUAACUGGACCAGUUUUUAUUACAAUAUAAUACCUAUAUUACUUUUUAUGAUCGUUUGUUUCACGUGCAAAGCGAACGUACAGCUCUUAUGCGCCCAGAUUCUAUCGACGGGGUACGCGAUGAUCAUGAUGGCGGUGAUCGUAGGUACAGCUUUGCAGCUUGGCGAGGACGGCAUUGGUUCGCCUUCGGCGAUCUUUCUCAUAUCGCUGUCAAGUUCAUUCUUUAUAGCAGCCUGCCUACAUCCGCAAGAAUUCUGGUGUAUUGUGCCCGGCAUUAUAUAUUUGUUGUCCAUUCCGUCAAUGUACUUGCUUCUCAUACUGUAUUCCAUCAUCAAUCUUAACGUUGUCUCAUGGGGCACCAGAGAAGUCCAAACAAAAAAGACUAAGAAGGAACUUGAGGAAGAAAAACGAGAGGCCGAAGAGGCUAAGCGGAAGGCCAAGCAAAAGUCUCUGCUAGGCUUCCUGCAAAACGGCGCGGGCACCAACGACGACGACCAAGGUUCUAUCGAGAUAUCGUUGGCUGGUUUAUUCAAAUGUCUUCUGUGUACUCAUGGUAAGCCGUCCGCUGAGAAACAGCAACUAGUAGCGAUCGCGGAGUCGCUUGAACAACUCAGCAAAAGACUGGAAAGUAUUGAGAGGGCAGUAGAUCCUCAUGGCCACGCAUCUGGACGAAGAAGAGCCUCUUCUGCGGGUUCGCGCACCGCUGAUCAUCUGGGUGCUAUCGGUGAAGAAGCAGCCGAAGGCGAAGAGGUUAGCGACGCAGAGUCAGUAAGCAGUCAGAACAGCGAGGAUAAUCGCGAAGGUAGCAACUUCUUCACGCGGCCCUACUGGUUGAACGAUGAGGGCUUGAAGAAAGGUGAAGUGGACGUGCUGUCACUUCAGGAAGAGCAAUUCUGGAAAGAUCUGCUAGAAAAGUAUUUGUAUCCUAUCGACGAAGAUAAAGCGGAGAAGAUCAGAAAUGGCACGCUGGAUACGUGAAUGCGAGACUAAAAGAGGGAAACAUGUUUCCAGAAAAAGAAACUUUUUUAUACCUAGAACGUUGAGUAUGCGAUUAGUAAGUAUUAUAGUAGAGGAUUAUUCUUGAAAUAUAAAUGCAUCCUUGAGGCUUCAUUACACAGAGAGUAUGGUGAGUAUAUACUCCGAUAGCCAAAUGAUAGCAGUAUGCCAGCAGUAUGCACGCAGGUUUAAUCAGCACUUUGCAGCAGAUUCUACUCAACUGUGUCAUCAUAGGCUGCUUUCCUUUUAGGAGACACAAAUCGACACAGAUUAACACACUCGAGCACAGUUUGCCACAGUAAAUGGAACGCGAUAUAUACAGUGGCUGCUUUCCUUUUAGGAGACACAGUCGACACAAAUCAACACAAGAGUCAUUCUGUCUUUGUUUCUCACUGAAUACUGAACAAAGACAGAAUGACUUUUGUGUCUCCUAAAAGAAAAGCAGCCAGUGUGUGUACGAACAGUACAAACUUGUAAUCAUGAAGUAAAAGUAAGGAGAUCGAACUUUAUAGCGCGCCAAAAAGUGGUCCCGAUUUUGACGUCUAAUUGGGAGGGAAUCCGCUCAAAGGAAUAGUUUCUUACGGUUGGACGCCAUUUGCAAAACUACCACAUGUACACAUUUAGUAUAUGUAACUAUAUUUAUGCUCCGAAUCGUGAGAUUUCUUUUAAUGUAGAAAUUUCUCAGCAAUAUAACAAAAUAAAGUGAUAAAAGAUUUAGAAGUUUUCUGUUUCACGUGCAUCGUGUUAUAACGCUUUGGGUAAUUGAAAAUAAAAUUAUAGAUACGCAAAAUCGGACAAACAAAAAGAUUAAUAAUGGAAAAAAGUAACAUUGAGGAAUUAAUAGUAAAAAAGACUAUCAUUUUCAGGCUCAUGAGUAUAAUGGAAAGAAAUUCAAUGGAAAUGGAACAAGCAGCAAAUAAAUUCAAGUAUUUACAAAAAAAUUUGCAUUUAGUUGAGCUGCCUUCUCCAAAUUGAGGAUUUACAACUGGAAACGACACAUUUUUUGGUUUUGUGAAAGCAGAAAGUGAUUUUAGUGUCAAAAAAAUAAUUGCUAUGUAAUACUAACUAAAAACUGACAGAGCUGCGUUCCGUUUCACGCGCGCGCGCGCAUAUGCGCGCAUUUAUCUAUACUAUAUGUAACGUGUACUAUAGUUAAAUGCGCGCAUAUGCGUGAAACGGAACUCAGCCAAGGUCAGGUUACGUUACUUUGCAAAUGGCGUCCAACCGUAAGAAACUAUUCCCUUGAGCGGAUUUCCUCCCAAUUAGGCGUCAGAAUCGGGACCACUUUUAUAUCACGGAGUUCGAUCUCUUUACUCUUACUUCAUGCUUGUAAUAUACGUAACUUAACCUUACAAAAUUUUUCAAAAUUUUCAAACGGUGUUUUUAACUUUUA